GUUAGCAGGGGAAGGACAGCUGGGGGAGAUUCUAUAUUUGUCAGUCUCUCUCACUGCAUGGACAUUAGUAUUUCAGGGCACUUUGUCUAAAAUUACUGCUGGCCUUUUCAAGCCUCAGUCCCAGGGACACAUCGGCGAAUCUACUGUAUGUGAUUAUAUAUUUUAUCAGCAGCGUAGAAUCUGGAUCAGCAGGCUUUGCCAAAGUAGAAUCUAACUACGAGAAUAACUUUGUGACCAAUGGAUGCUAAUAAACUGGAUAUCCCAGAGGACUUGGACACAAUUGUGGAAGAGGCAGAAGGACAGGAUGAGUCUACAAAAGAGAAAUCAGAGAGCCUGACUUUUUAUCACACAGAUUUGUAUGAUUCUCCAGACAAACUGACCAUCUUUCCUAAACAGGAACUUUCUGAGGAAAAAAAGCCACACAUUGCAAAGCAAGAUUUGUCUACUACUGCUGAACAAAUCCAUUCAGAUCUGCAAAAGGAAGUGGAUCACUUGGCCAAACAGUAUGGAAUUUCUGAUGAUAAAGAAAAAGAUGAACAACCGUUUUUAACAAGCGUGCCUUACAAAAACCCAGAAACAAUUUUUCAUAAACCCACUGCCCCCAAAAGAGAAAAAAAAUUGCUCAAACGAAAUAAAAGUAUUGAGACCUCUAAUAAAAUAAGCCAAAACCAAAAUACAGAAACAGGCACAAAGACAGAGAACAGUUCCCCUAAAAGUAGUGUGCUGGAUGAGAAUGGCAGCCAUCUUUCCAAUGAAAGUGGUCAGCUUGGACAUCAUCAAACUAAAGCACCAGAAAAAGAUGGAGGAUGCGUAGAUUCUGAAGAAAAUUAUAUCCCUGACAUUUACUGUAUCACAUGCAAAACCCCAGUUAAAGCUUUUGACAAGCUGUUUGGUGUACACAAGGAUCAUGAGGUCAUGGGCAUAACCGCUGCUGUUGAACAAAAGAAAGAAGAGAUGCGUAAAAACAUGAGCAAACUGGAGGAGCAAAUUGUGCAGAUGGAGAACUUUGCAAAUCACCUAGAGGAGAUAUACAUUACAGUAGAGGAAAAUUUUACAAGACAAGAGCAGAAUGCUGAGAUGCACUACACUGAAGUUAUGGAUAUGCUUAAUACAAAGCAUGAAGAAAAGUUGCAGACUCUGGGGGAGGAAAAGAAACUGAAACUGGAAUCAUUGUUUGAGCAGCUCAUUGACUGUGGGAAGAGCCUUGACACCUCCAAAGACCUGAUGGAGACAAUCCAAGGGUUAUUUAAAGAAAAGGACAAAGCUACCUUUGUAAAAACUGCAUUACACACAACCAGCAGACUGAAUGACUACUUCAACACAGAUAUAAAUUUAAAUAUUUCUACUAAUGCAGAAUAUGAAAACACGCACAUAGAUUUCACUGAAGUGGAAAACCUCCUGGAAUCCAUUCACACAGUUCCAGCUCCAUCUGCUCCUGUUAUCAACCCACAAACUCCAAACUCUGCCACAGCCACAUCACUGCGUGUAUGCUGGAGCCUCUUCUCUGAUGACACAGUAGAAAGUUUCCAGCUUUACUAUAAGCCAGUUUGUGACUGUGCUCCAGGGGAGGAUCAAGAAGAGUUCAUGAUAAAAUCAAAAGAAACCUACUGCACUGUUACAAACCUAAUGCCUAACACUCAGUAUGAGUUCUGGGUCACUGCUUUAAAUGUCACAGGGGCCAGCCCCGCAAGUGAAAAUGCAGUGUAUGUGACAGCUCCAUCUCCUCCCAUCAUUAAAAGCAAUGAAUGCCGAAGUUGUGAAAAUGCAGCCUUAAUCUGCUGGGAAUCUGGAAACAUAAAUCCUGUUGACUCGUACACUGUUGAAAUAUACAAAGCGACCAAUGGGACAAGCGAUGAUUCUGUCACAGAAUCUAUUGUUGGAAUUCCCAUUUGUGAAUCUUUAAUCCAGCUGCAGCCAAAUCAGACGUAUAGCAUCAGCGUCAAAGCGGUAAAUGUGGGUGGGCCAAGUGAAAGCAGCAAAUCUGUUUCUAUUCGCACCACAGGUACUUUUUUCCACCUGGAUGAGGAAACUGCUCACCCUCUCUUAUCUGUUACUGAUAAUGGCUUUACAAUUUCUUGUGCUGAGGAAGAAUGUCUGGUGGAUUUACCUUAUUAUUCUAAAAAAUUCUCUAGGUGCAUUGCUGUUAUGGGGAAGCUGAUUCCAUUUAAGGGGAAGCAUUACUGGGAAGUGGAGGUAGAUGAAAAUACACAAUACAGGAUUGGAGUUGCCUAUGAGGAUACAAACAGAAAUGGAUUACUUGGAGCAAACAGUACAUCCUGGUGUCUUCGACACAUCUUGACACCCUCAAGGCACAAAUACGAGUUCUUGCACUGUGGAGUCUCUCCAGAUACUCGCAUUACAAUACCACCAAGACGAAUUGGAAUCCUGCUGGAUUACGACAACGAUAAAUUGUCAUUCUUUAACAUGGACAUUGCACAGCACCUGUUCACAUUUGUCUGCCAGUUCUGUCACAUGGUACACCCAUGUUUUGGUUUGGAAAAGCCAGGAAGGUUAAAGAUACGCAACGGCAUACCAGUUCCCCAGUCUGUUCUUUUAUCUUCUUGAGGAACACAAAAUGUAAAUGUUUAAAUAAAAUGAAAGAUUGGUGGAUGAGUAUGUGAAGACAUUUGGCUUUCUAGAAAAUACAUCUUUUGUUAGCUCUUACUGAGUUUGUAUGACCUUGGGCGAGGGCAGAAACUUCAUGUGCCUUAAAAAAUCUAUAGAAUGUGCUGUGCAAAGCUAGAAUUAUACAAACAUGGCAGAAUGACGGCUGGAAGAUGAUAGAAUUCAAACACUGUGUAGCUGGUCUAGAUAUGGUACAUUCUGGGCAAGGCAACCAAAAUUUGCUGCUGGCCUGUGGCCUAUGAGUCUUAUAACUUUCCUGAAUUAUCCUGAUAUCUGACCAGUCAAUAUGCUUGGAAACCAUACUUGCCUCUCUGUCUAGUCUCUUGCUGGAAAUACGAAUGGGGCUGCUUUUUUUAUAAAAUACACAUGAUGUAACCUGUGUAUUUUCACAUUUUCUUGUGUGGGACCUGUUAUUCAGAAUGCUUGUGACCUGGAGUUUCCCAAAUAAAGGGUUUUUUGGAUCUUCUUAACUUGUUUUGCCUGAAAUAAGGAAUAAUUAUAUCUUCAAGUCAAGUAAAAGCUACUGUUUUAUUAUUAGAGAGAGAAAAAAUGUGAAUUAUUUGAUUAAAACAAAGUCUAUGGGAGCUGGCCUUCCCUUAAUUCAGAGCUUUCUGGAUAACUGGUUUCCGGAUAUUGCAAAACCAUGUAAGGUUUAGAUCAGAAUGGAAACCAUUUACUUGCAGCAGACGACACUAUGUAACGUAAAUUCUAUUCAUGUACAUUUUACUGUUUUUACAAUAUUUUUAUCAUUACUUUUUGUGCUUGCUUUACUUUCCUGCUACUUGAAAAGAUGUACUCUACUAAAAAAGACUACCAAGUUUAACCCUUUAUUUAUUCAGUGCCUAUAUGGUUAUUAGUUAGAGCAAUGGUAGAAAUGGGGCAAUUGUUGGUAUAUUGUCACCCUGGAUGUUAAUUCCAGAUUUACAGCCAACCCUUUCAUGGUACAAUAUUUUGGCCUUAAAAUUGUGUAAUAUGUAGCUGUAUUUUGGAGGGGGGGAGGGGAGGUUGUGGAGUUUGUUCUCACAAUGCUGUGCCAAGUUGUACUGUAAAUAAAAUGAAUCAAAGCUUUACCAAGCAUCCCUCGGUUUGGUACACCAUUGGGAAAUAGCAAAAUUCUUUUCUCACACUUGUAGCUCAAUAAAGCUACAGCAGAUUAGACGCCACUAGUAACUGAGGGUGCAGAUAAGAGAGAAUUGUAGGCUACAGACAAUGAAAAGUUCAUUUGUAAAUGUUUUGUAUGUUUAAAGGACAAGAAUUGCAGUUUAUGACAAGGUCUGUUUAAACUUCCCCAAGGCACUGUAUGUUCAACUAAAUAAACAUAACUGCUUUUAUUUAUAGU